AUGGACGAGACGCGCUUUACCUCGUUCGCUUCGGGCGACCUUGUCUACGCCCGGGCGCGACGGCUCCACCGCGCAACAACAGGCCGCACGACCAAGCGCUUCAGCAACAACGACCCUCUCGAAGCCUACUACGCGGUCCUCCGCCGGGUGCCGCCCCCGGCCGUUGCACCGUACGUCCAGCAGACGGCGCAGAGUCUCCUCGCUCGCCUUGCAAUGCGCCAAAUCUACGUGCCAAGUGCCCGCGACGUCGACGAUAUUGAGGCACUGGGCCUGCCCUAUGUCCCGGCCCUCGAUGUUCUACCGAGUGCUCAUUGCGCAACCAUUUUCGCCCGCGACAACUCGCGAGGUGCUAUCGACCACGCGAUCGCGGUGCGAGUGACCAAGCAGCUGCGGCGGCUACGGUACGAACAAGAUGCGAUGCGCGCUGUGGGACUGCACGGUCGGCUGUUGCACCAAGUGACGACGACCGACUGUGACGCCUUGCGUGCACUGGCAAAGGGCACCAAUGCCACCGACUACGUUGCCGAGGCGGCAACCGCAGCCAAGCAGCUCAUGCGGCGCAUUCACAAAUCCGAGACCCACGGCGACUGCAGCUUUGGCAAUAGCUGUCGUUUGAGCCGACGGCGGUACUACUACUGGGGUCAGCGCAAGCCCCACCGCAAGGUUGACUACGGACGCAGCGACUAUGAUGACGAGCUGGCCGGUGAGGCCGAUGCCAUGGACGCCUUGGACGCGACUGUCGACUCGGAGGACGAGGAUGCUGGCGACGAGGUUGACGAUGCCGUCGUGCUUAGUACCGACGCCGACUAUGAUUUCUGUGAGGAUCCUGCACCGGCGACGGCUUCCUGCUUGUGGUUCAACCCACAUCUCUUCUGCCAUUUGCUCGCAACCACGCUCACCUACAAGCUCAUUGCCACGUCCAGCACCAUCAAGACACACUGA